CUCCGAGUCAUGCCGCGCCGUGCCAGAAGGGAAAGAAAAUGGCGCCUGUGAAUACGGGCAGUCGUCCGAUUCGGUUGACAACGGAGUCGUUGCUACAGGCCGUCAAGGAGUUUCCCUGCCUCUACUACCGUGGACACCCGUCGUACAAGGACUACAAGCGCAGGCAAGAAGUGUGGAGCAGCAUCGGCGCUCGUUUCGGCAUCACUGGGUUCCAGGUUCAGUCAAAGUUCAAGAAUGCAAAGGAUACUUACAAAAGAGCCAAAGAUUCUAAGCCCCGGCCAGGCCAGGUUGGCAAACACGGGAACAAGCCCUGGCCAUCUUGGAAGCACUUUGAUGCGAUGCACGAACUCCUGGACUCGCCCACCGCUCCAUUGGGGUCUGCUGAACAAGAUGUGCCUAGCACUGAGGACAGUGAAAGCAUUAUGAGCUUUGGCAGCAUCACCAUUGACUAUGAGCCAGAUGAUACAUGUGAAGAGAAGCCAGUGAGAAGUCAAGGAACUGAAACCACGUGCAACGGUGAAGACAAGCCAGUAAGAAGUCAAGGAACUGAAACCACAUGCAACGGUGUGGUACCACCUACUCACAAGACAGAGGACACGAACGAGGACCUCUCGUCAGUGGAGACAACCAUGGUCAACUCUAUGGCAACGUGUGUGGAGCAUUUGAAAAUGCUUCACGAUGAGCGCAAAGAAAGCGGUUUUAAAAAGGACAAAGUUUACCAAUUUUGCAUGUAUGUGGCGAGCUGCAUCCGAGGACUAAACAAAAGGGAUCAGCUAGAGGCCAUGCAAGAAAUCAACACUGUGAUGUAUAAUUACCAGAAAAAGCAUCUUGAGAAUACGUGAUCUGUAUGUGUGAAUCAUAAUCAUUUUCAUUUUCUUGUCACAUUCCAUCUUCAUGAUUUUAUCACAAAAUACAUUUGCUGUCAUGGAAUCCUUGGCCAGGUUAAUGCAACAAAUCAAUUUGAAAUGCUUUUUUUUGCUUUGUUAUUGCUCGUAGUGAUACCCUGCCUACUAGAGCACUGCACGGGCCGAUUUUUUCAGCCUGAGCCCGGCCCAGGCCCGUUUUUACGUUAUGCGGCCUGGCCGAGCCCGAUCAAAACUUUUAUGGCAAGACCCGGGCCCGGCCCGGGCCCGGAAAUAAUCUACGUUACCCGCCCGGCCCGGCCCGCCACCCCUUUACCUUAGGCCCGAGCCCAGCUCGAAACUGGCCCGAACCCGGCCCGAGCCCGAAAAAUACGUGUUUUCCGGAGUUGAGACGCCCGAUGAUAACUAGCUGCACGUUACAUGCACACCACCAGAAAGCCCAAGCCCGGCCCGGGCCCGCGUCGAAAAACCCGAGCUCGGCCCAGGCCCGGGUCAAAAAGCACACGCCGUGCCCGAGCCCGGCCCGAGCCCGUGAAAAAACUGCUCGGCCUGGCCCUGCCCACGGGCCAGGCCUGGGCUUUCGGGUAAGCCUGAGCCCGUGCAGUGCUCUACUGCCUACGUUAUCACCAUGAUCAGCCGGUCAUAAGUGGUGAACAACCAGAAAGGAAUAGAAUCGAGCUGAAGUAAUUGCUACAUCAAUCAUCCAUUUGUGUAAAUUGUUUACUGACUUGUGUCCUUAAUAAACUAUGUGAUUGUAGCUGUCCAGAUUAAGUAGUUCUGUGCAUUUGAAUUGGAAUGAUUUUGACACACAGCAUGACAAACUUCUCCUGGUUUAUGCUGUUAUGUCAGACGAAAAUAUAAAGAACACAGACAUAUCAGAUUGUUCAGAUAUAACAAAGCAAAUAUAAAGUUUAGUUGGCCAUGCUUUAUUUUAAUGAGUAUUCUACAGCUGCAGCAGAACCAAAAAUUUAGAUUUGGAACAGUAUCAGUUGCAGUGACGCGAAUAUUUGUUCGCUCGCAGCUCAGAGUAUGCAUUCUGGUAGCAAAAAUUUCAAACGUCUAAGACCAACGUCAAAAGGCACAUUCCGGAUGCAGAUGUGCCUUUUGGCUGAUGGCUUGGCUGGCUCAAACUUGGUAAACCAACUUGCUAUAUUGUGUGAUGAAACCGACUGCAUGGUCGGUAUGAACGAUGAUGCAAGGUGCAACUUACCACUCGCAUGUCGUGUAUUGGCGCAGCAAGCUGCCUAUGGGCAAUUAAAAUAACAGGAAGCCCUUUGCACGUGUUCAAGCUCAUUCGCAAUACCGAGGUGUCAUAUAUAUGCCAUGUCAGCAGGUCAGUGUAGAUGAUUGGUCUGUGUAUUGCAGAUGUCACCCAAGUGCGCUGGGACUAGCUACGUCAUCAUCAUCAGCCUAUAUUUUAUGUCCACUGCAGGACGAAGGCCUCUCCCUGCGAUCUCCAAUUACCCCUGUCUUGUGCUGGCGUAUUCCAACUUGCACCUGCAGAUUUCCUAACUUCAUCAUCCCUUCUGGUUUUCUGCCGACCUCGACUGCGCUUCCCUUCUCUUGGUAUCCAUUCUGUAACCCUAAUGGUUCACCGGUUAUCCAUCCAACGCAUUACAUUGCCUGCCCAGCUCCAUUUCUUCCGCUUAAUGUCAACUAGAAUAUCGGCUAUCCCCGUUUGUUCUCUGAUCCACACCGCUCUCUUCCUGUCUCUUAACGUUAGUCCUAAGAUUUUUCGUUCCAUCGCUCUUUGUGCGAUCCUUAACUUGUUCUCGAGCUUCUUUGUUAACCUCCAAGUUUCUGCCCCAUAUGUUAGCACCGGUAGAAUGCAAUGAUUGUACACUUUUCUCUUCAAUGACAGUGGUAAGCUCCCAGUCAGGAUUUGGUAAUGCCUGCCGCAUGCACUCCAACCCAAUUCUUCUGUAAAUUUCUUUCUCGUGAUCAGGGUCCCCUGUGAGUAAUUGACCUACAGGGGACCCUGAACACGAGAAAGAAAUUUACGUCACAUGCUGCAUCAACAUGGCGGUCACCGCCUGUGGAAGGAGCUUAUAGCUCGCAUAGAGUUGCCAAUUUUUCAUUAUAUGUAGACCUCGGUUUUGAAAUGUCUUGAUUAGAUGAAUGGGCUCCUGCACUUGUUACUGGAAUGCAAAACUUGAAUUUGACGGUCGACCAUAUCAUGGCCCUUUGAAAUAUAGAAUUAUAUGUACUUCACUCAGCUUAGAAAGUCUACCAAUGAUUAUUUUAGUCAAUGCACUGCAGUGAAUGAUUGUAGUCAAACAGGUUCAUCUGUCGUGACCUACCAUAAGUAUGUAUGCCUUAGUUGCUGACAAAUA